GCAGAGAGCCAAACAUAGCGCGACCAAUGGCGAUGACGCCGGCACGAAGGAUCGGAGUAUUAGCUUGCCACCUGGCACCCUCAGAAACUCCACCAGCAUCAGCGGCAGGGUCCACCACCAGCCUCCGCUGCGAUCCUUGUUCGAGCAAGUUGUCAGAAGGAUGCCCCUUGAGACAUCAAGGGGCCACCUUUUUCGCCCGGCGACCAUAUCACUCACCGUCCAAUGACGGCAGUUCAUCAUCACUGCCAACCUCUCGAUUGGCAUCAUCGUUUGAGAGGUUGAUAGUCGAAUGCCCCGAGGGAGAGGGAGCAGGCGAGGAAUCAUCAGAACCUACCAGCAGUACAACCACACAUACCCUCUCUCUAAACCCCACUGCACAGGCGGAUGCUCCUGCUCCCGCUCCUGCAUCGAGCUCUAUUACGACCCCCACCUAUGCGUCAAUUGACGGAAAGCCUUCGACUUAUGCCCGAGUGCAUGGCGAGGUGUCUACUGCCCCUGUCGUCUGGUCUAUGGUACAGCUGUCCGGCGAGCCAUUCGCGGACAUUAUUUAUGAGAAAUCGGUCGGGGAAGGUAUUGCUAAGAUCACAAUCAACCGUCCAGAACGGCGGAAUGCAUUCAGACCGGAAACGAUCAUUGAGAUGCAGCACGCCUUUUCAGAUGCUCGUGAUGACCCAAACAUUGGUGUCAUCAUCCUUACCGGCCAAGGAACGCAGGCUUUCUGCAGCGGAGGGGACCAAGCUGUUCGACAGAUCGGUGGCUAUGUCGGUCGGGACAAGGUUCCCCGACUAAACGUCCUCGAUCUCCAGAUUCAGAUCCGACGGCUGCCCAAGCCCGUCAUCGCCAUGGUUGCUGGCUAUGCUGUGGGAGGUGGGCAUAUACUUCACAUGAUCUGCGACUUAACCAUCGCCGCGGAUAAUGCGGUUUUCGGACAGACGGGACCGAAGGUCGGCAGCUUCGAUGCUGGCUAUGGCUGCAGCAUGAUGGCGCGAUUGGUUGGGCAGAAAAAAGCACGGGAAAUGUGGUUCCUGGCGCGCUUCUACAGUGCUCAGGAGGCUCUCCGCAUGAACCUCGUCAACACCGUCGUGCCGCUCGAUCAACUGGAGAGAGAGACGGUCAAGUGGAGCCGCGAGAUUCUCCGCAAUAGCCCCACAGCUAUCCGACUGCUGAAAUCUUCUCUCAACGCUAUUGAAGAUGGGCACGCUGGCCUUCAAGACCUCGCUGGCCAUGCCACCAUGCUCUUCUAUCACAAUGAUGAAGCACUGGAAGGGAGAAAUGCCUACCUUGAAGGUCGUGCUCCUGACUUUUCCAAGUUCAAAAGACUCCCAUGAUCUCUCUCUCUCUCUCUCUCUCUCUCUCUCUCUCUCUCUCUC